CAAGUGGCACUCCUGUUUAAAUUUCUGACUUACGUCAGUGGGUGUUUCGGACGGCGGCCAUUAUUCUACGUAUAAUUAUUAAUUUUUUUGCUGUUUUGUGCUAGAAACAAAGAACGUAACUAUUUUCGACAUAUUCUAUAAUAUUAUAGUUUUGGAAAAAAUACAUUUAUAGUACAAACAUGAAUCCAGAAUACGAUUAUUUGUUCAAACUACUCCUGAUUGGUGACUCUGGUGUUGGCAAGUCAUGUCUGCUGCUCAGGUUCGCCGACGACACCUACACAGAGAGCUACAUCAGCACUAUUGGUGUGGACUUUAAAAUUAGGACUGUAGACUUAGACGGCAAGACAAUAAAGUUACAAAUAUGGGACACAGCUGGGCAGGAGCGGUUUAGAACAAUCACUUCAUCAUACUACAGAGGAGCACACGGAAUUAUCAUUGUUUAUGAUUGCACAGACCAGGAUUCAUUCAGCAACGUGAAGCAAUGGCUGGAGGAGAUCGACCGCUAUGCGUGCGACAAUGUCAACAAGCUGCUGGUCGGCAACAAGUGUGAUCUCACCACCAAGAAAGUCGUCGACUACACCACAGCCAACCAAUAUGCGGAGCAACUAGGCAUUCCGUUCUUGGAGACGUCAGCGAAGAACUCUACGAAUGUGGAGCAGGCGUUCAUGACGAUGGCAGCGGAGAUCAAGACCCGCGUGGGCCCGCCCUCCACCGGCGCCGCGCCUGUCGGCGGACAGGCUGGCGGCAAGACGUACGGGAAGCGGGAGUCGCGGGCGCCGGCCGCCACCCUUACACACAAGAAAUGCAAUUACCACAAAACGUUUCAUCAUCGCAUCAUAUUGAUAUAAUUAUAAAUAAUAUUAUGUAGAGCCGCGCCGGCCACACUCGGCGCGGCUCCUAAGCUAACUUCUGUUAAGUUGCUACUGUCCGAUAUCUUGUUAGUUGAAACAGGUGAAAUGGAAGGGUGUAUGUUUAUACAUGUUUAUAUAUAAUGAAUAUUGUAGGUUAAUUUUGUGCUGUUUCCACUAUAAGAAUUUUGAUGGAGGUUCAAAUAACUGAGAGCCAAUGUAGAUUGUAUGAGAGGGAAAAUUCACAAGAUUUAUAUGAUUAUUGUAAUGUAAACGUUUAUUUUAGAGCUUCGUCUACUGUUUCCGUGCGUCGCUCGCGCACUACGUCACUGGCGGCACGUCGCCGGUUGCUUGGUAGCGUCACCUAGUGUAAGAGAGAGACUUGUCGUGUUCAGCUUGCUUGUGAUGUGCUCGUGGGCUUGCGUGGCGUAGUGUCCGACCGUACAUGAGUCUAUCUCUCAAGCUGUCCAUUACCAAGUGUAGGCUAAUUUCCGUUUAUUCCAGCUUGUGUUAAAUUUAAUUUCUCGUCACUUGAGGUACUAAUAAACCUUAUUGUAUGCACUGGGUGUUUAUAUUAUUCGUUCUGUAUAGCAUAAGCUGGUAUUGUGUGGGAGAUCGCCAUGAAUUAUCUAUUGUAACAUGUUAUGAACUACUCCAGGAAUGUCGGCACGUUUCAGAAUGGGACCAUUACGUUAUUGCGAUGGCCGCAGUUUGCAUUUGUCGCCAUCAACCUAUCGCCUUCGCAACCCGCAGAGUUUACGUCGCAAACUUACAAGUUUUAUAUGUUUUUAUCUCCCACACAAUAGCAGCGUAUAAACCACAAUGUAUUUAUGUACGGCGUACUGGAGUUACGCUAUAUAAACAUUUUGUGUUGAUAUAUUUAACUGGAUCGCGAAUUGUAACACAAAAUUGUAGAUAUAGCAUAUUGGCCUUAGAUAAUUAGACAGAUACUUAUAUUAAACUUGUAGCCAUCGAAGCGGGAUCAUAGUAUUAAUAAAAGACAAAUAUUCAUAUAUCACUCUCACAGCAAUUUGUGAUAAUUUUAAAUUUUAACGACCAGUCCAAUGUUUCACCUAUUAGGAUAGUCCCACUCAAUGUUUUCGUCCCUAUUUUUCACUUAAAUUGUUAAGAGAAUUAGGUAAAUGAUAUGAAUUUAAUACUAAUAUAUGAAACAUUAGACUAUAAAUGGUAUAAAUUAUUUGAUUCUCUCGUCCUAUGUACUAACUUGGUUUGUCAUUAUUUUUGUACUAUUAUGUCAGAGUUAAGUUUACUUAAAUCAAGACCGCUAACCCCCUGUAAUUUCUGUAUUGAGGGUUUCUUAGAAAUUAAAACAGUAUGCUAUA